CAAGAUUUGUUUCUUUAUUGAUCUUGUGUAGCCCAGGGUGGCCUUGAACUCACAGAGAUCCAUCUGCCUCUGUCUCCCAAAUCCUGGGAUUAAAGGUGUGCCUGAUGUCUACUGAUUUAUCUAUUCCUUAUCCAGCAAACGUUAUUAAACCAUAAAUAAAAUAUCACUAUAAGACUGGCCAUACAUUUCUAUGCAAUGUGACCUAAAGAUUGUGAGAACUGGCUGAACACUUACCUGCUAUUUUUUCACUUUUGUAAACAAUGCUUGCUUGCUGGAAUGUCCACAGUUGCCUUUCUGUAUAUGUCAUAAUUUUGGUCCUUACCUUUAAAAUCUUGAGCAAACUGAAGGUCGAGGGUGCUAGCCGCUACUCUGCCUAGAACCAACAGCCCAGCUGGUGGCGAGUAAAGACUCCAUCUGACUUCUUCAGGCAUCUUGGCAGUUUUUCUCUUCAGAUUUCCUUCUAGGUUUCAGGCUGGGCUUUGAAGAGGAGCUGCCACCAUUGGUGUUGUGUGCUGUGUCUUUGCAUCUGCAGGAAACUGAAAAGAGAUCAGGGCGAACUUCACCACGACAUGAAGACAGUGACCUAUGAUGAUGUGCAUGUCAACUUCACUCUGGAAGAGUGGGCUUUGCUGAAUCCCUCCCAGAAGAAUCUGUACAAAGAUGUGAUGCUGGAGACCUACGGGAACCUCACUGCUGUAGGCUACAGUCGGGAAGACAAAUAUACUGAAGAACACUGUCAAAGUUCCAGAAGACAUGUAAGGCAUGAAAGACAUCAUACUGAAGAGAAACUAUCUGAAAGUACUCAAUGUGUUAAAACUUUUCCAUAUCACAGUCAUCUUCAGAUACAUAAAAGAACACAUGCUGCAGAGAAACCCUAUGAAUGUAAUCAAUUUGAUAAAGCCUUUGCAUCUUAUAGUCAUCACCAAAGUCAUAAAAGAACACAUGAAUGUAACCAGUGUGGAAAAGCCUUUACACGUCAUAAUCAUCUAUUAAUACAUAAAAGAAAGCAUACUGGCGAAAAACCCUAUGAAUGUAAUCAGUGUGGUAAAGCCUUUUCACAACACAGUAAUCUCCAACAUCAUAAAAGAAUACAUUCUGGAGAGAAACCUUAUGAAUGUAAGCAGUGUGGUAAAGCCUUUACACGUCAUAGUCAUCUUGUAAUACAUAAAAGAAAACAUACUGGGGAGAAACCGUAUGAAUGUAAUCAGUGUGGUAAAACUUUUGUAUGUCAGAGUAGUCUCAAAAUACAUAAAAGAACACAUACUGGAGAGAAACCCUAUGAAUGCAACCAAUGUGGUAAAGCCUUUGCGUAUCACAGUAAUAUCAAAAUACAUGAAAGAAUUCAUGUUAGAGAGAAACCUUAUGAAUGUAACCAGUGUGGUAAAACCUUUUUAUGUCAUGCUUAUCUUCAGCAACAUAAAAGAACACAUACUGGAGAGAAACCUUAAAAUUUGCAUAUUACAGUCAUCACCAAAGACAUAAAAGAAGACAUACUGAAGAGAAGCCCUAUGAAUGCAGUCAAUGUGGUAAAGCCAUUACACAACACAGGUAUGUUCAAUGCAUGAAAUAACUCAUACUGGAGGGGAACCUUAUGAAUGUAAUCAGUGUGACAAAGAAUUUGUAAGUUAAAGUAGUCUUCUAAAACUUAAAAGAACUCAUAUUUAUACUGGAGAGGAACCUUAUGAAUGUAAUCAAUGUGGUAAAACCUUAGCAGGUAUCAGUAGUCUUCAAAAUAAUGAGGAAAAAAACAUACUGCAGAGAAACCCUAUUAAUGUAGCCAGUGUGGCAUAGUUAUGCAAUUCAUGGUAGUCUUUACACAAGAGUAAACAUUUACUGUGUAACUGGGCUUUUAAUGCCUGUACAUAUCACAUAAAUCUUUGACGAUCUGAAAAAAUGCAUACUAUAGGAAAGAUGCAUAUUAUAGGAAAAAUUACUAUAAAGGAUUUGGUAAGAUCUUUAGUUUGUGUAAUGGAAUGUAGGUAUAUUGACUAAAGAUCUUCUGGAAAAACAAAACCUGGCAAGUAUCAGCAAUUUGUUAAAGAAUUAUGAUGUCUUUUUACCUUGUUUGUACAUGCAAACUCACAUAGACAAACAGCCUAUGAAUUUAAAUUAUAAAGUAACCCUUUUAGAUUUCAUACUUCUUUUUAAUCAUAGGAAAUAAGAAAUCCAUGAGUAAAACAUUACGGAUAUAUACUAAUACAUUUUCUGUUGCUGUAAUAAAGCAAUGUCUCCGUCAACUUACAAAAGGGUUUGAUUUGUCCCUUGGUUCCAGACAGAUACAGGAUCAUCAAGAAAGUGACUUGGUAACUUUGUCAAACAUGGCAGCUAAAGCAAGACACUGCACUCUUACAUCCUCAGCCUGAGCCAUGGGACAGAGAGUAGAAACUGGAAAUGGUACAUGAUUGGAAACUCAGGCCCACGCCUAGUGCCAUGUUUCUUCAGCAGGGCAGCAUUUCCUAAAACUUCCCAAAUGGGAACACUAACUGAGAAGGAUUGAUUUCUCUGACUUCAAGCCUACAUGCCAGCUUUCUUUUUCAUGAACUACUUCAUGAUGAAGAACUCUGAAAGCCUUUAAAUGUCUCGAUACCCUUUACAGGGAUGAAUGCUUAUAAUAGAAAAACAUUCAUGAGAGAACGUUUGUGUAAAGACUUGUCUAAAUUUAGGUAAUGCAAUAUCAGUGUUUUUGUUUGGGUAUGUACAUUCUGAUUCCCAAGGUUAGACCCUCAGAACAUCUUGCAGCAUGAAUUACAGGAAGUUGCCAAAAAUCUGUCUUUGUUCCUGAGAAUGAGCUCAGCCACGUCUCUAGCCCUUUAAAUAUUUUAAAGCCUUUUAAAAUAUAUAUAUAUAUAUAUAUAUAUAUAUAUAUAUAUAUAUUAUCUUGAUAUCAGGAACCAGGGAAGAAUUCAUACAAAAGGAAAAUCCUAUUUAUGUAAAUGAUUUUGUAAAGAACUUAGAUGUCACAGUUUCUUCAGGUUAAGGAAAUAAAACUUAUUUCAUCUAUUUUCAUUAAAGCCUUGAAACAAA